GACUAUGACUGGACUAUGACUGGGCUAUCUCUAUUGGAGAUGCUCUUAGAAUAUCUGCUGGGAUAUUUGUUUGGAGCAGGGAUAGAGAAGAGAGCGACUCACAUCUCAACACUGAGCAUUUCCCAAAUGCCGGAAAAUUGGGCGCUCGUAAACCUAGAGCCGGCGAAAUCGCCGAGGAUUCACGGCAUUGGAGAAGCAAGCGGCGCCGGGAAGUUUAUAGCCGUCGGCGAUCGGCGCCUGCGGCCUCUCAAUCACCAGAUCCUCAAUUGCCCCCGCUGCGAUUCGCUCAACACCAAAUUCUGCUACUACAACAACUACAACCUCUCUCAGCCGCGCCACUUCUGCAAGAGCUGCCGCCGCUACUGGACCAAAGGCGGCGUCCUCCGCAACGUCCCCGUCGGCGGCGGCUGCCGCAAAACCAAGCGCUCCAAGCCUCGUACCGACGACGCGCCGCCGCCAGAGACCAAAUCCACCGCUCAAACCUCCUCCACCAGCGAUUCCUCAACCCUAACCACCGCUCCUCCUCCUACAUCCGUCGCCGCUACGCCGAUCAAUUCGACGCCGGAUUCUGCUCUCAUGUACAAUUUCGCCGACGCUAGUUUCUCCAACUCGAAUCCUAGCCUCGAUCGGAAGCCGCCGGUGGUUAACGAUCGUCCGUCACCGGCAGGUCAUAUCUUCGCGGCGGAAGUGGGGAGCUUCACGGAGCUGAUGACGUCACAGGAGGAAUUGAUGAUCGCGAAGACGACGUCGUACGCGCGGGAGCAAUCUUCGACCGUGGAUGAGUUGAAGGUGGGAGAUGAUAAGAAUAAUUGUACGGAGGGGCUAGCGGCGGCGGCGCUGGAGUGGGGAAUCGGCGGCGACGACGGAGAUCAAGGGCUGUUUGAUCUAACGGCUGGCGUGGAUCCUGCUUACUGGAGUCAAUCUGAUUGGACUGACAAUGACCAAUCCCUAAAUUAUCUACGCUAGUUUAAUCUCACCUUUAACUAAUUAUUAUUAUUAUUAAAAUAAUAAUAUUACAGUAUUUUGUUUCACUACACUCAAAUAUUGAUAAAUAUCUGAUAUUGUGGAAAAUUGCAAGUGGCCUUUCUGUUUUUGAAGAAACGCACUUAUUAGUUUGAGAUUUUGAGUAUAUGUUGUUCUUAUUUUUAUUCUUACGUUUUUGGUUGUGAAUUGUAUACAUUUUGUUGUGAUUAUAUACUCUGUUUUGUA